AUGGAGAAAGAUCAGAAAGAUGCGAAGCGUAAAAGGGAGAAAGUUAAGACGGAGGCGCGCGAUAGCAAAGGACUGGAGAACGCGACGCGCUGCGAAUGUGUUGAAGUAAGGACGGCAAUCACCGACCGCACGCGAGAAGUCGGUUACUUCCGACCGGACCGGCAAACCCCGCACGUCCGGAAUCUUGCGAUCAAGCCGCGUCUGCGGACUCGGCACGGAAAGCACCGACAAGGCGUCAACCACGCGAUCGGUUCACCAGAGGUGGUCCUAGUGUACGACGACGAAACCGAGUUAGGACCGUCGUGGCACUUCAGUUACAGCAACGCCAUCGUCGACAACACGACGCAUAGCACAUGCGUGGGAUCGUGCACUGCGCGGGGUCAGUGUGCAUGCCUCAAAGCGCAAAAACAGUGGACAUCAAACUGGGGUGUCAAAGGCUUCGCGUACUCUCCCAAAAAGCACUUGAAGACGUUCGACCAUCCGGUAUUCGAGUGCAACUCUAGAUGCCGUUGCUCGCCUGGCUGUCGUAACAAGAAUAGGAACGGCGAGUGCUACGUAUUCGACAUUGACUUCUGGUACCUGCAAGGAGCGCACAACUCGACUGCGGGAGAAGUUGACAACGGGAUGACCCGAGCCCCUGAAGGCGAUCAUUACUCCGUGGACUGCAAAGACACAGGCAACGAGAAGAGGUAUCAAUAUCGUACAUUGACGAACGGGCCAGUACGACAACCGAAGCAGGGGAAUCAGGCGAAGCAAGUCCUCAUACCAUGUUAG